CCACUCGAUCCAUUUACACUCUACCCAUAUCAAAUGAGCUUGUUCCUCUCUCCGUCACCGAGUUGCUUAUUCUCUCCAUCACACCAGCUUCGUCCGCCGCUGACGUCACAGAUCUCUCUCCGUCGUACCUUGCGUCGCACGGGCUCCCUCCGCCGCCGCAUCCAACCCUAACCCCAGAGCUUCGUCGCGCCUCCAACCCUAAUUCCAGAACUUUGUCGCGCUUCCAACCCCUGCUUCGCCGCUCCCUCCAUCGACGCUCCCUCCGUCUCAAAGCCUCUGUCGUGCUCACUCUCUCGUAAGCCUUCAAACGUCGCUCCUUCCUCCAUGGCUGAAACCCGUAACGCUAUGUUUUUCCUCCUGCGUCGCCGGUCUCUGUCUCCUCCUGCGUGUGGCUGUGCUGAAGCUCCAUGGGAAGGAUAUAUAAUGGAUUCCAUGGGUGAAGCUUAACCACAGCUACAGAAGUACCGCGAGACUCGACUGAAGCAGUACAAGAACUACGAGAACCUCUCGUUCUCGUGAGGAUCUCGACAAGGAGUGUUUGGAAGUGCAGAAGGAGAAGGCCUUCUGUAUUGGCACCACUUGGGCUGAAGCAUGGAGGGUUUGCGGCAAAUAUGGUGUCAACAGCACAGCUCUCUUUCUCAACUUCUUUUCCUCCGAGCAAUUUCUUCCAAGAUUUUUGUCAAAGGUACAUAGCUACACACAGCCUUUUUGUUUUCCUGGGACUCUCCCUCUCUUGUGUAAUAUCAUUAUUACUAUUUGCAAACUGGAGUACCAAAAAUUUAGUUCGAUUUUUUCAAUAGUCUGCUAAUUUGAGCUGUUUUCUUGAUUUAUCUUAAAGUUCUAUUCAAGCAAUUGCUUUUACUAUGGAGAUUUGAAUAACUGCAGAGCACGGCUGCUAUUGGUUUUCUUAAGAAUAACAAAUUUAGUAUUAAUUAAUAAAUUACUACUUAAGAAUAAUGAUCUAAAUACAUAUAUAUUUAAAUUAAAUUAUCCAUAUAAAGUAAAUUAAAAGUAGAGAAUUUUGUUUUCUUGUUUUGUGAAAAAAUAAUUUCUCUGAGAAUCAAUAGAUGAGGGCUUACAUGACCUUACCAUUACAUAGGGUACACGCAUUAAAUAAGGUGACCCAUCUUAGGACACCUUUUCAGAAUUUCACCCUUCUAUACUGCCACAUGCACAUAUAUCCUCCUCUCUCUCUCUCUCUACUAUUCUAGGGUGAGUACCAUUCAUUUACCAUACUAUUCAUUUAUCAUCAUAAUAAGGUUAGUGGGAGUGGCAAUAAUAGAAGAAGGUAGUAGUGAGAAUAUAUAUAUAUAUAUUGGUUUGUUGUUGUGUGCAGCAGUCUCUUUCAAUUGAAUUGUGCCCCUUCCUUAGAAGAUGGGAAUGAAUGGAUCCUCAUGUUGGCACAAAUAUAGACAAACCACCUUCAUCAGCAUCUUCAUUCUCUUUGCAGCUUCUUCUACUUCCUUAUUCAUGGCUCAAGGAAGAGCAAUGUCCAAUGUAAUUGAAGUUUCCCAGAAUAAGGUAAGAGUGAUAGGGUCAAGGCCACCAAGGUGUGAAAGUAGAUGCAGCAAUUGUAAAAGAAGAAAAUAAAUGUUCGUAUUAUUUGGCUCUAUGUAGUAUGGAUUGUGUUGCACUGUUGCUAGGCUGCUAGCCAUGCUUUAUAGUCGUUUAAAAGUGGAAGAAUAUAUUCUAAAAAGUGGAAAUCCUUAUUAGCGUAUGUGAUUUAUUUAUUUAUUACUGUUGUAGAAGUGUUUGAUUUGCCUUUGCCCCGAAAUUUAAAUUCUCUUGUUUUGUUGUUGCCCGUGAGAUGAACUGAAUGAAAAUCUUGGUGCAGGUUUAACAUUUUCUACCACGAAAGAGAAAUUAGCUGAAGCCUUUUUAGAAAUUAGCUGAAGUCGUGGAAUAACUAAGAAAACAGGGUUAAUGUAUUUGAUGGUUGCAGCACAAGCAUUGCCUGCACCAGAAGUUAUCAGUGACAUUCUGAAUGGAAACUGGGACCAUGAGAGGACUGAGUUCUCUUUACCACCUUUGAUGACUCUGUUACCAGGAGAACCAGGAACUGGUGGUUCAUCUACGCCAUCAAUGGUUGGUGCUGUAAAAAAAUGGCAAAAGUCUGACCCUCAGAAAUCCUUGGACACAUGGAGAAGAUUGUCAGAGGCGAAUUCGCAGUUAGAAAUUCAACUGAACUUUUUGAGUAAAUUAGCAAAGGAACAAUGGGAUGCAUAUAAAUCUGUGAUUGAUAGCUGUAGCAAGCUCAGAUCAGAAAAGUGGAUAGAGCAAGCUUCUGAACCCAACAAGGAAGCAGUUAUUAAAGCAUUGCUAGGUGCAAAAGAAGCUAUGCUUGGGAUUAGAUAUCAUAUGCGCCUAAUGGGUGAGGCUGCAGGUGUUCCUAUUAAACCAGAAUCACAAACAAAACUUUUAGAUGCUACACUGAACUUGGAAGGAGUGUUGUUGGCUGGAGUUCCAGGAGCAGGAGGAUUUGAUGCUGUUUUUGCUGUUACUUUGGGAGAUUCAAGCAGCAAUGUGACAAAAACAUGGAGCUCACUCAAUGUUCUUGCCCUUCUGGUUAAAGAAGAUCCUUGUGGCGUUUCUUUAGAAAGUGCUGACCCUAGAACAAAUGAAAUCACUUCAGCUGUAUCUUAAAUUCAUAUUGAAUAAUUUAUUGUAAAUAUUGUUUAUUUUUAAUACGAUGAAUUUGUUUAUUUUGUAAAA